CAGUAUCUGUCCAAAGAUCACUUUAGUUCCACCUUGCUUGACAAGCAGCACAACCACACUGGUUGAUCAGAAUGUAUCUGAUGAAGAGGCUCAGGGAAUAAAUGGAAAAACGCCAGCAAAACACUCAGCUGCAAGUCCAAAGCCACAAGUGCCUCCAAAGCCAUUACAUCUGCAGAAUUCACCUUCGUCCAAUAGACACCAAACCCCCAGGCAUAAAGCUUUAUCUAGUACAAAACCAAGGAUGGAGGAAGUUAAACCUGCCUCUGCUUCUUGUGUCUCAAAAGAAAAACCCAGUAAGGUUUCAGAUCUCAUCAGUCGCUUUGAAGGAGGCAGCACAUUAUCAAGUUACAGUGAUUUGAAGAAAGAAGCUCCUGUGAGCCUCAGUACUCCUAAAACCCCAACCAAGUAUGGAUUGACAACCACACCUCAGCAAAAACUCCUCUCCCAGGAGCCACCACAGAAGCAGGAGGAUGACACAGAUCAAACUCAGGGUGUACAGACUUGUGUGGCCAAUGGUGUGAUGGCAACACAGAACCAGAUGGAAUGUGAGGAGGAGAAGGUGAUCCCUCUUAGCCCAGAUACUUCUAUUCAAACCUCUGAACCUUUGCUUGAUAGUAACUUGGUAAAUGGAGAACGAGAUGAAACUGCCACAGGCCCUGCAUCACCCACCACAAGUAACGGUGAUGGAAAUGCCUCUGACAGUAACUGCAGGACUCCUGGUAUAGACCCUAUGUUCACUCUGGAAGGAGAGACAGAAACAGAAGCCAAGGUCCAAGAGAGCGAAAAUGGAGAAUGCCCGCUGGACCUGGAACAGAUGGAUCAGAAUCAUGAGCUGAAGGAGAGUAAUGAGCAAAAACUUCACAAGAUAGCCAAUGAACUUUUGCUUACAGAAAGAGCUUAUGUCAGCCGACUUGACCUAUUAGAUCAGGUAUUUUAUUGCAAAUUAUUGGAAGAAGCAAACCGAGGCUCAUUUCCAGCAGAGAUGGUGAAUAAAAUCUUUUCUAAUAUUUCAUCAAUAAAUGCCUUCCAUAGUAAAUUCCUAUUGCCAGAACUGGAGAAACGAAUGCAAGAAUGGGAAACUACUCCACGAAUUGGUGACAUCCUUCAGAAAUUGGCGCCUUUUCUUAAGAUGUAUGGAGAGUAUGUGAAGGGAUUUGAUAAUGCAAUGGAAUUGGUUAAAAACAUGACAGAGCGCAUCCCCCAGUUCAAAUCAGUGGUGGAAGAAAUUCAGAAACAGAAGAUCUGUGGGAAUUUGACUCUGCAGCAUCACAUGCUAGAGCCUGUUCAGCGGAUACCGCGGUAUGAGCUGCUCCUCAAAGACUACCUGAGAAAAUUGCCGCCUGAUUCCCCAGACUGGAAUGAUGCUAAAAAAUCACUUGAAAUUAUAUCUACCGCAGCAAGCCAUUCUAAUAGUGCAAUAAGAAAAAUGGAGAAAUUAAAGAAACUCCUAGAGAUUUAUGAAAUGUUGGGAGAAGAAGAAGAUAUUGUCAAUCCUUCCAAUGAACUAAUAAAAGAAGGACAGAUUCUCAAACUAGCUGCUCGGAACACAUCAGCACAAGAACGCUAUCUUUUCUUAUUCAACAACAUGUUACUGUACUGUGUGCCCAGAUUCAGUUUGGUGGGUUCUAAAUUCACAGUUCGUACUAGGGUUGGCAUUGAUGGAAUGAAGAUUGUAGAGACUCACAAUGAAGAAUACCCACAUACUUUCCAGGUGUCUGGGAAAGAGAGAACCCUGGAACUGCAGGCCAGUUCUGAACAAGACAAAGAAGAGUGGAUCAAGGCCCUUCAAGAGACUAUUGAUGCUUUCCAUCAAAGGAAUGAAACCUUCAGAAAUGCAAUCGCAAAGGAUAAUGACAUUCACUCGGAGGUUUCUACUGCUGAGCUAGGGAAAAGAGCCCCAAGAUGGAUUCGAGAUAAUGAAGUAACAAUGUGUAUGAAAUGCAAAGAAUCCUUCAAUGCUCUGACCAGGAGAAGACAUCAUUGUCGAGCGUGUGGACAUGUGGUUUGUUGGAAGUGUUCCGAUUACAAAGCUCAACUUGAGUAUGAUGGUGGUAAACUGAGCAAAGUUUGUAAAGACUGCUAUCAUAUAAUAAGUGGAUUUGCGGACAGUGAAGAAAAGAAAAGGAAAGGAAUUUUAGAGAUUGAAUCAGCAGAAGUGUCUGGAAACAGUGUGGUAUGCAGUUUUCUGCAGUACAUGGAGAAGUCAAAACCUUGGCAGAAAGCAUGGUGUGUGAUCCCCAAGCAAGACCCUCUUGUGUUGUACAUGUACGGGGCCCCACAGGACGUCAGAGCCCAGGCCACCAUUCCACUUCUGGGCUACAUAGUGGAUGACAUGCCAAGGAGUGCAGACUUGCCGCACAGUUUCAAACUGACCCAGUCCAAGUCUGUGCACAGCUUUGCUGCAGACAAUGAGGAACUGAAACAGAAGUGGCUGAAAGUCAUUCUCUUAGCUGUCACAGGUGAGACGCCAGACGGCCCAAAUGAGCCUCCAGCCACCUUGGACGAUCAUGCUGAACCUAAGAAAAAAUCAGAAUGCUGAACUCCAGGACCAACCACAGUGUGGGGGGAGUCACAAGAUUGAUUGCUCAAGACAUUCCCAUUCUCCUUAUUCAUCUCUUAGCACUUUAUGUUGAAAAAUACAGGCUCAUAAAUGCAUCGUUUGGGGACAGUUUUCCUAUAUUUAUGUACUAUUCAUGAAAUUCAUGUGCAGAGCCAUUCCAGUGAUGAAGUUUUGAAAUAAUGUG